GGGCCGGGAUAGGGGCCGGGCCAGCGGGAGCGGUGCUCUCAAGCACGGCAGCCGUGCCCGCGGCGCGGGAGGGGAGCGGAGCCCCGCGGCGCUGCCGCCGCCGUGGCCGGCCCGCCCGGCGCUGCCCUGAGGCUCCCUCAUGGAGGCGGAGAGCGGCUCGGGCGGCAGCCGGGACUCGCUGGGCAGCCUGACGGCGGGCGAGGUGCUGGUCCGCUCCACGGCGGCCCGCAGGGAGCAGCCCCCGGCCGGCGGCCGCGGCAGGAAGGUGCCGGUGCCCGUGGCCGUGCAGAAGCUCCGUGCCGGGGGCUCGCCCUGCCCCGCGGAUGCGGCUGCGGCUGCGGACGGAGCUGUGCGGGCCAGCCCGGCCGCGGGGCCCGCCCGGGCUCCGGGAGGCACCGGCACCGCCCGCGACCCGCCCGGCGCCGCUGCAGGAGUCCUAAGCACCAAAGCAUAUCCAGAAUGUCUCCUUCCAGUUGAAAAUUCAGAGCCCGUGUUUUUAUCCCAAAUGGAUCAUCCUAAAGAAGCUGCAGCACAAGAUGAUCGUUUGGUGCUGCUGGAAAAUAGCAGAGGACCUGAAGAUGAUGUUUUUAUUUCCCAGUAUGCUACUGGCCAGAAGGAGGCUCUGAGAGCAGUAUUAAUGCAAAAGUGAGUGUGAAUUGUUGAGCUGUUCUGUUUCUGUACAACUGCAGCACUUCAGUUUUUUGCCAAAAAUGCAUACCUGGUAAGGAAGAAGUGUUUUUUUUUGGAAGCAAAAGUGAACUCAGUUUCAGAACUGCUUCAGAAACUGCAGGAUACAGACAGGCAGGUGCAACGAGUGUCUGAACAGCAAAAACAUAUGAAGGCUCAACAUGAGGAGCCCCACUACCAGCAGAGAGUCAGUGAGCUUGAAAAGCAAAUGAAUGCCUUCAUGGUGCAAAGGAUUCAGCACCUGGAAAAGCUACAGGAGCAACAAAUGAAUAUUCAGUCCCAUCUCAUCAGCUCUGCAGUGAACACCCGUGGCCUGCAGCAGGCUCCUGUGCCUGCCUCUGGGCCCCUGGCAGGGCACUGGGAGAAGCCAGAGCAGAGAUCACUCACUAAUGAAGCACCUUCAUCUCACAGGAGUUUAUUCCCUGCCAGUGCUGCACCUGCCCAAGUGUUCCCUGAAGCAUAUUCAAGCAAUUUUCCAAGUCAUGGGGGUCAUACACAAAAAUCUCCUCUAAAGACACCAGUUCCUCGAAGAUAUGCUCCAGAACCUGUACCAAAAAAUGGGAAGAUCUCAGAAAACCCUGUAGUAGAAAAAGAAAAUACUCCCAAACCUGAAAGAGAAGGUGAAGGGAAAGGUCUGGAGCAUGUUUUGAAUUCUCAAGAAACACCACUAAAGCAAAUUGAAUAUUCCAAGAAGACAGCAUUAAACAACAAUGAAAGGAGCUGGCAUGCUGAGAGAGACAGACACAAUGCUUUGCCUGCAGACUUAUUUCCCUCUUUUGAAAGCUACAAUUCAAUUCAGAAAACAGUGCAAAAAGCAGAUGAUUUACUUCAAGAUCUUGGCAAGCUGAGAAGAGAAAUGCACAACAUUCUGCAGGAAGCAAGUUCAUGGAAAUCUGACAUGACUGAUAUUAUUAAGACAAAAAAUCCUCCUGUUGCACCUCAUCCUCCUGGACAUCAUCUAGUCAGCAAACCAUCCAUCCUUCAAAAUGUCCAAGUGCCAAGGUCUAUACUGACAGAUGCUGAAAGGAUGUUGAGAGGAGUGCAAAACAAUAAAAAAGUCCUUGAGGAGAAUCUGGAAGCUGUUACUCAAGCAAAAGAUGGAGAUGCCAUGUAUGCUUUCAGUAACUCCUCGACUGCAAACAGAGAUGUCCUGGAAGAGAUUCGUAUCCGAAGGACUGUGGAUGACUGGAUCAAGACAAUCAGUGAGGAAAUCCAGGCUGAAAUGACAAGUGAUUCAGAACAAGGGAAAUGUGAUCAAAAAGCCCCAUGGAACAAGAGAGCCCAAAACCUCAGGGCUGUGAAGACCAAGAAAGAAACUAAAGAGAAAACCCAAAACAUCCAAGGAGGCUUGACAAAAAAGCCUUCACCUCCAGCUCAGCCAUUGCAGAAGCAGGUGGAAGAUAACACAAAGAAACAGAAGUUUAGAACUUUCCUUUCUGAAAAUGUGCAGAGCAAAGAAGGAAAGGCAGAUGAGGGAGCUGUAGGUGGAAAUGCACUGGUCCAAAGUGAAGAUUAUCUGUCUCGAGUUUAUGGGAAACCCAUUUACCAUGGCCACCGGAGCACGCUUAAAAAAGGACCCUACCUGAGAUUCAACUCUCCCUCUCCCAAAUCUAAACUUCCCAGACCCAAGCUGAUAGAAACUGUUAGAGGCACAAAGGUGAAGUCAGCAAGGACCCAGACCUGCUCUCACAUGCAGAAGGUCAUCAGCAGCCCCAAGAAGAAGAAGAAUAAUCCUGUGUGUGCCCCUGCCCAGCAGAGCCAGUACCUCUUCAGCCCCAGCCAGGAUGUCCCUGCUGCCUCUGGUCCUCUGGAAGGCCACCUCAUGCCCAUGGCUAUUCCACUAGGUCAAACCCAAAGCAGCAACACAUCAUUGCAGCCUGCUGGAGUAAUCAUAGACAAACCACACCCUGUCACAGUUACAACCUCUCUUCCUCAAGUGCCCCCAAAAUCUCCAGUCGAGGUUAAAAAACCAAAUAUAGCUGUGAUAGAGAUGAGAUCAGAGAAAAAGGAGCCACCUCAGCUCUCUGUGCAGGUGUUACCAAGUGUUGAUAUUGACAGUGUUUCAAGUGCCAGUGGGACUGUAAGUCCUGUUCCUCCAAGCUCUGAGCCUCUGUUCUCUCCUGUCAAUGCUGUAAUACAGAAUCCAGAAGAAAUACACAGUGAAGAGGAAGACACAAAGCUUCCAGGAGCUAACUUCAUUGAUGUUACUGAUGUCACACAGGAUCAGGAAGAGGAGAAGGAUGAAAUUCCAGAAUUCCUUGAGCCUGUUCUGGAACUUAAUGGCCAGUUUAAAGUUGCCUCACCACAGCACAAUGGUCCUUUGUUUCCUCCAGUGGCUUCUGCUCCUCAGCAGCCUGCUGAUAUUUUGGAUGAACUGAUUCAAAAGAGAGAAACUAUAGAAGACAAGUUGGUAAAUUGGGUGGAACAAGAAAUAAUGGCAAAAAUUAUCAGUGAGAUGUGCCCAGCUCAGACAGAAACAGUGCCCAGCACUAGCAGCUCCAUGAAGAGUGAAGACAGUGAGGUUGGAACCCCUGGCAUUGUUGAAGUUGCAGGUGGUGGAGGAUUCCAGCUCUUUGUCAAUGCUGGUGUCCCUGUGGACUCAGAAAUGAUAAAUCAUUUUGUGAAGGAAGCUCUCAGUGAAACCAUUGCAACCAUGCUGGGUAACAGCCAGGCUCAGAGAGCAGUUCCUGAUCCUCCUCCUCCUCCCAGCACCACCUCAGUGAUGGAGGCUCCUGUGCCUACUCCAGUGCCAACACCCCAGGCCACACCACCACCAACACCACCUUCAGAAAAAGAACUGCCUCAGGUGAAAACUCCAGAUUCAUCUCCAUCUCCUCCAGAGAUGAGUGAGGAUGUUCAUGGACAUGAAAAAAUUAAAGAAACAGGAGUUGAGAUUGCAGCUGUCCUGGGCCGUGUUGUCACCCCUGUGGUCACCCCUGUGGUCACCCCUGUCACCACACCUCCCCCAGUAGCCACACCGAGCCCUCCUGUCUCAGAAUGGGAUUCCCAGGCUGAAAAAAGGGAAAGUCCAAAGCUUCCAAACCCGUGGGAUGGUGCAGAACUUCCUCUGGAAGAAGAGAACCCCAGUCCUGUCCCUGAAGAACCAUUCUGUCCUAAGACUGUGGAGAUGUCAGUGGCCAACGAUGAGGAGCCAGAGGCCUUGGUUUUCCCAUCUCAGCAGCUGCCAGGGAGGCUCUGUGAGCCCCUGCCCUGCCCUGCCCAGGUGCCAUCACCUGUGCCCACGGUGAGCUCGGGGGUGUCCACCCAGGAGAGCAGCCUCACCCCCACAGGCACUGAGACCACGGACAGACCCCUCUCAGAAGGAGAGGUGCUCUUCCCCUAUGGACAGCCACUGCCUGCAGCAGCCUUAGCAGAAGGAGGAUUAUCUUUUCCAAACCUUGCUGAGAGCUUAUCCAGUACUCUCCGAGAUGCCAAUGAAAUGGAUUAUGAUCCUCCAAGUGAAGGGCAGGUGGUGAGGAGAAUGGGUAAAGGCUGUCACAGGGAUCCUGUCCUGGCUCUUUUAACCAAAUUAAAUCAAGCACCUGUUUUUGUACAAGAAAGAAUAGAGCACUUGGAGGAUUCUGAUGGCAGCAUUGGGGAGCUCAGUGAAGGUCAGAGGCCAAGGCUGUCCAGAGUACAGGAGAGAAUCCUGAUGGGAAAUUCCAUUUUUAUGGAGCAUCCAGCUGCUCAGAGCUUUGGGAACAGACCACGCCAGGGGCUCCGUUCUGCAUCUCCAGGGCAGCUUGCCCAAAUUGGAGAAAUUUUUGGAGAUGCAGAUACAAGUCCUAGUCCAAUGCUUUUGGCUGAACUGGAGUCACAGCCAGGUUCAAAUCCUGCUCUGCCAGCAGCCCAGCCAGGCUGCAGAAUGACACCACUCCCAGAGGAUCUGUCCCAGGAGGAAAGCCAAGGAGCUGCACACGUUCAGGCUGUGAGACCCCGAGUUAUCUUUGUGAGGAGGAAAUCUGAGGACAUGCAAGGAGAAGGAGAGGAUGGUGCCCCUCAUCUGAAUCCACAUCUUUCUGCAGCAGGGGUGUCAGUGCAGCUGCCUGCCACGAGCACAGAUAAUGAAACACAGAGUCUGAGCAGUGCACGUGGAGAGUCAGAUUCUUCAGGGACAGACACAUUUUAAAGCUUAGGGCUGUUUAUGGCAGUCUCUGUCUGAAGAUGUUGUCACUGGUACGUUUGUCUGUCUAGUGUGAUAGUCUGGCUGUUCCAUCAAAAUAACAGUCUUUCAGUACUGUUUAUUUUCUACUAUUUUUUCUUACAAUUUUGUUAUUAUUUUAAAUGAUUUUGUCUGUGAAUAUAUCAAUUAUUUUUGAGCAAAUAAAAUUUU